UAAAUCUAAUGGUUGAGAUCAAACUUUUAAAAAUUACAAUUUUUUUAAUAAAAGUAAAAGUGCUUCUUCCCUUCUCCACUGAUAUGAAAACCCCUCUUCCUCUCAUCUCCGCUGCCGCCGCCGUCCCUUGCCGCCCAGAACUGUGUUUUGUUUAACUUGGGGUUACAACAACAAAAUUGAAAUAAAUUUUACAACAGUAGAAUCAAACCAAUCUAACCGAGUCCUUUUGAUCGGUUGUUCGGCGUGGUCGCUAUUGCGAAGUAAACACUCUGAGACUACCAUCCAAACUCCCACAAAGUUAACAAACAGAGGCAGUGAGUGCAGUGUGCACCCACCCAGAUGCGAACAGUGCAUCCAUUGAUUUCCCUCAAAUACUACUGCUCUGCCGCGUCGUUCUUCAUCUUCGGCCGCUGGACCUGACUACGACUUUGGAGGAAAAGGAGGAAGCAAAGCACUGUUUCACUCAAUUGAGCUUUCUCCCUCACAACAGUAAUGAUGGGUAAAGUUUUGCUAGGAAUGCCGGGGCCAUGGGCCGAUGACUACCGCGAACCAUCUGAUCCUUAUACUACUAAAAUCGGAGGCCUCCCUGACUGGCCCCUUCCCAAGGAUGCCAUCAAUACUGAUUUACUUUGCUGUGCUACCUGUGCCAAUAGCCUCUCUCUCGUUGCACAGAUUUAUGCUCCUCUAUCUCAUCAUCAUCGCAUUCUUUUCAUUUUCGGUUGUGUUUCGCCCAAAUGCGCAACCUCUUGGCGAGUUCUUCGACUUCAGAAACUUGCUGACGUGGAAACCUCUCAACAUAAACAAGUCGAAGUUCAAAAUCCCAACUCAGGGGAUGAUGAAGACGAAAGUGAUGAUGACAUGAGUUUUGAAGAACUGGCCAAUGCACUUUAUCAAGCUGGGACUUUGGCUUCUUCUAAUUCUAAAUCUAAGAGCAAGAAACAAAAGAAAAAGCGCCAACACAAAUUCCCUACAUCUUCUCCGUAUCCAGAACCAACAACAGCUUCUGAAGAUGUUAACAAUCAUAAUGAUAUUCCAGUGGUGCCUUGCUUUUAUAUAUACACACAAGAAGAGCCAUCUACAUGGGAUCUUAGUUCUGUAUGUUCUAGCUACUCAUCACUUUCUAUUAAGGAGAAUGGAAAUUCUGCUGAGGAUAAUAUGCAAGCAGAAGAAACCUGGGAAAAGGAACAAUAUGAAUAUGAUAAAGCUUUGACAGCUGAUAGAACAUACCUCAAGUUCAAGAAACGGUUGGAUGCGUAUCCUGAGCAGUGUUUUAGAUAUUCGCAUGGUGGCAAGCCAAUUUUAGCUGUAGCUAAUGACAUAAGCCCUGGAAGUUGCGGGCUCUGUGGCAAACCAAGGCAAUUUGAGAUGCAACUAAUGCCCCCAUUACUAUACUUUCUACAGGAAGCACUUGCUGACAACCAAAGACAGAUGGUUGAAAACUGGGAUUGGAUGACCCUUCUCGUAUAUACUUGUCCUGAGAGUUGUUGUGAAGAUAAACAAGUGAACUCCAAUAGCAAUAAUGGUUGGAUCAUAGCCGAGGAAGCUGUCGUAGCUCAAUGUGAGGAGUCCAUGUCCAUUCAACCGGGCUAUUUCUCAUGAUCACUGAGGUUGAUGUAAAGAAUUUAAUACGUUUCUUGCAUGAAAAUUUUGUGAAGUUUGAGAAGGUAGUAUUUAAAUUUGAAGGUAUUGAGAAAAUUGUAGGUUAACCAAAGAAAAUGAAUCCAGAAAAGUGCGUAGUAUGGGGAUUGUAUUCUACAGACUACAAUGCAAAUUUUUGUCAGGUGAUUUUUUCGCUUUAUCUGGCGUGCCUUGAAAUUUUUUGACCUUUUUACCAAACCACACAAUUGUUGUAAUUUAAAUGACUGCUGGUGAAAGUUGUAGCUGAGUCCAAGGAAUAAGGACGUUCUUCUUGAA